AAGCCGGUCUUUUGAAAUUUGGAGGCUCUGGACUUUGAUCGCAGACAAGCUCUGCUGAUUGAUUCCCUUGCGUGUGUUGAAAGUCGCGAAGAUGUCGAAAACUCCCUCCUUCAGCUUCGGCACGCCUGCCACUGGCGCCCCCUCUGGCGGUAAUCUGUUUGGCUCUGCCAACACGUCGAGUCCGUUUGGCACCAACAGUCAGAAUACCUCAUCCGCUCCUGCGGCAAAGGGCCUGUUCGGCAAUGUGGGUGCUGCGACGACAGGUGCCCCGUCACCUCUCUUUGGCAGUGGCUCGACUCCCGGACAGGCUCCUUCGCUGUUUGGUAGUAACACAGCUGGUGCCACUGGAGCAUCUGCCUUCAGCUUUGGUGCCCAGAAUCAAUCCUCCACGCCAGCUCAACCAUCCCCAUUCGGGGCAACGCCCUCCACGGCAAACAAGACCACGGAGGCGGCCACACCAGGCCAAACCAGCACGAUCGGUGGCGCAACGACUACCACACCUCUGGGGCUCUUUGGCGGCGCGAAAGCGACGCCUGCCCCUUCGGGAGGUGGUGGGUUGUUCAAUACCACAUCUACCACACCGGCCGGUCCUCCUCCACAAGCCACCACCACCGCAGGUCAGGGCCAGUCACUAUUUGGACAGGCAGCACAAAAGCCAGCCGGGAAUCUUUUUGGUGGAAUGACUACGAGUGCACCUUCAACAACCACAGCAACCCCGUCUUUGACUGCGGUGACCUCAACCACAACCCUGGGCGGAACCUCUCAACCGCAGUCCUCCGGGGGGCUCUUCACAUCAAACACCCCAAAACAGCCAAUGUUUGGCUCCACACCCUCUGCCGCCCCUGCAGGUGGUCUUUUUGGGAACCUAAAUACUUCCAAACCCGCUGAAUCCACAACUCCCUCUGGAACAGCAGGCGGUGCUCCUUCGCUGUUCGGAGCCCCGGCGACCGCGGCUACCCAAGGCGCACCAUCGCUCUUUAAGCUGCCUUCUGCAGGAACCGACUCGACACCAAAAUCUGCUUUCACCCCUACAACCACCGCUACUGCUGGCCAACCCUCUGCUACCCCGGCCACUUCGACCGCUACCCCGCAGAAGUCCCUCUUCCCCAGUCUGGGUGGUACCACGACCUCGGCUACCCCAUCUUCCACACCUGCGGCGGCUCCUCUGGGCGGUGGUGGCCUCUUCUCGGGCCUUGGUGCUGCUAAGCCUGCAACCACCUCAGCUGCUCCGGGCACUCCAACCACUACCACCCCUGCUACCCAACCUCCUGCCGCGGCAGGUGGUGGCUUGUUUGGGGCCAAGCCUGCUGAGAAGCCGGCAGCAGCAGCGCAGCCCCCCACUACUGCUGCUACUGCCGCCACGCCGACAGCGGCUACCCCUGCUGCCGCCGCUGCUACAGGCGCAACUGGUGCCGCCUCCGCAGCGACGGGCGGUGCUGCCCUGGGUGCCUCUACAGCGGGACCCACGCCUCCAGCACAGUCACGGUUGAAGAACAAGACGAUGGAUGAAAUCAUCACUCGGUGGGCCACUGACUUGACCAAGUACCAGAAGGACUUUCGCCAGCAGGCGGAGAAGGUUGCCGAAUGGGAUCGCAUGCUCAUUGAGAACGGAACCAAGGUGCAAAAGAUCUUCAGCAGCACUGUCGACGCGGAACGGGCCACCCAGGAGGUUGAACGCCAGCUCGCCUCAGUAGAGGGACAACAAGAUGAGCUGGCCUCGUGGCUGGAUCGGUACGAACGGGAGAUCGACGAGAUGAUGUCUAAGCAGGUGGGACUUGGUGAUGCACUGCAAGGACCCGACCAGGAACGUGAAAGAACAUACAAAACAGCCGAGAGACUCUCCGAACGCCUGGACGAGAUGGGCAAGGAUCUGACCAGUAUGAUCGAAGAAGUCAACAGUGCUUCGUCCACACUGAGCAAGACCAACAAAGCCGACGAACCCAUCUCCCAGAUUGUGCGCAUUCUGAACUCGCACCUUUCCCAGCUCCAGCUCAUCGACCAGGGCACCGCCGAACUUCAGGCCAAGGUCAGCGCUGCUCAAAAGUCCAGCCAAAACCUGUCUUCGCGACUUGGCCAUGGGUUUAGCGGUGCUGGAGCUGGCGGAAGUGCCGCCGACGAUUUUUACCGCUCGUACAUGGGGCGGCGCUAAAGCAUUAGAUCCUGCCUCGGUAGUUAAGACGGGCGAUGUCAGGGAUUUGGGGUUCAACGGUUCUUUUUCCUCUUCUUGUUUUGUUUUUUUUUUUUUACUUCAGUAGGUGCUGGUUUCGUGGUACUUGAUAUGAUUGCUCCCUGUUGUACAUCGGCAUUUAUAUCUAUGAGAUAAUUGAAUUCGGACAAGAUAUAUCAUUCGUUCAUUAAUAGCUCCCAAACCAAGUGAAAGACAGGCUGGAAACCUCGGCCGUGAUCGGCGUUAAAAGGAAUACAAUAUUGGAGAGGAGAGACGAGUAUAAGGGUUGAUUCUGGCUAAUAAUGUACUUCACAUAUCACACAGUUUGUAGUAACCAACACAACCCACGUUUAAUUCUUCUCG